CGCAAUAAGCUCCGUCGCUUUUUGUUUCGUUCAAAUUAACAGAUUUAUUUCUCUUUCUCUCUCUCUUUCUCUGCUAUUUCGGACGAGCGACGCGACUGCCUCAGUUUCGAUUUCGUGAAAUUUCUAUGGCAAAGUGUUAAAUUUUAACAGCAAUGACUGAUCAUGAAAAACCGAAUAACCAGCGUCUCCGAUCAAUUCGUAAAGCUCACGUGGCGAGUCGCCUAUUGGCUUUGGGAGACCAUCGAACUUAUCCUGAUCAUCAUAUUCGACUGCUUCGUGAGGCUAAUGGAACUAAUACUCGUGAUAAUGAAAUUAAUGUUUCAGGUGCUCUGUUUCUUCAGAGAUUUAUGCAUCGACACGAUGCAGACGUUCGCCAAUGUUUUCCGAGGGAUCGUUAAUGUCAUUAGCAGCAUCAGCUGCGAUGACGUCGAGGACUUCGCCUCCGCCUGCAUUGUCAUUGCCUUGUGCACCGGGGCCGUCAAGAUGUUCAUGAACCUUCUCAAGAGGAAUCCCCACACGAAGCUGUUCGACAUGUUUGGGCAACGCGUGACGCAGAGCGGCAAUAAUAACAAUCCGACGGCGAGGAGUCACAGCCAGGAUGCUUGUCUUCCCAAGAGAAAGGUGGGCAGAAGGCCAAAGCGACGAAAUAACAGGCGAUAUCGAUCUGCGUCAUAAAAGAAUAACUGAUAUAAUUACAUAAGAUUUCCUUUUGUGAAGUACAAAUGUCCCUAUAAGAUAUUUACAUAAACGUUUAUUAUCUAUAA